UGGCAACAGACAACACACCGUCCUAUCCCCAAAGCUGCGGGAACGGGUUAAAACGAAAGUUAAUCAGGAAUUAACAUUUCCUCACGAGGUGAAACAGAAUUGCUGAUGACAGAUCCAAAUGGAUGAGGAAGCUGCGUCGUCAGAUGUGGAAAACGGGGAAGAAAAUCAAGACGAGGACGAAGAAGCAAUAGAGGUUCGUCCUUUGGAUCAAGAUGUUAUAAUCCCUGGUCUGUCUUUGCUGUGCCGAACAGGGAACGGAUUGAGACAUGCGUUCAUUAAAGUCGUCCUAAAGGACAAAAGACUUAGCGACAUGGCUGCGAUCAGCAAUUACAUUCACCUUCGGUUCAUGGACGUGUCCAACAACCGCAUUUCUGACCUUUCACCUCUAUCAUCCCUCACUCAGCUUCUUUGGCUCAAGAUGGACAAGAAUUAUGUGACAUGCUUCCCAGGACAAACCUUUUCUCAGCUGGUCUACCUGCAGUGGCUGAGUAUGGCAGCGAACCGGCUCACAGAGGUCGAAGGUCUUGUCGGACCUGCUUUAGAGAGUCUCAAUCUUUCAGGCAACCGGAUUGAGAGAUUAAAUGGGUUUGAGAAUGGCCUUUUUUCCAAACUGGGGACUUUAGAGUUGAGAGGAAACCGCUUGACUACAACUCAUGGCAUUAACCUUCCCAAUCUACAGCGAUUAUAUCUGGCCCAAAACCUUAUUACGAGUCUGGAGGGAUUGGAGAAUUUAGAGAGCCUCACCACACUUCAUCUCCGUAACAACAAACUUGGUAAUCUAGAUGGACUCAGCGCCAACAUGAAAUGUCUCCAGUACAUCAAUGUUAGAAGCAACGACUUUUUAGACGAGACCUGCCUGCGGGCCCUUGGCCUUGUGUCAAAAACCCUGCGAGUCGUGAUCCUCUCCGAGAACCCGCUGGAUGGGACGACAGACUACCGGCCUUAUGUUCUUACUCUUAUUCCCAAACUGGAGCGCCUUGAUAAAGAGCCUGUUUCCCUGGAGGAGAGGGCUGAGGUGUGGAAGGCGAUUAAGGAACUAAAAGAGGAAGCAGGCUAAAUCAACAUUUGUAAUAAUUGCUCCACUUCCUGAAAAAUAUUUGAAAAGAUGUUUUUGGAGGAUGCCAAUGUAGAAACAUUUAGAUUGUUCAUAUAUUACAUAUAGUGUUGUAUGAUGUGCGAUAUUAUUGUUGAUUUAACUUUAUUACAUCUGUUCCAUCAACAAACGGUUUCAAAUCCUGCAUGAACGAACCGUUUUUUUUUUUUUUUUUGCAAUCCUUUAUUUCACCACGUAAUGAUGACACGGCGAAUUUUCAAACACUUCCUUGUUGGGAGCUAUCCAGCUCCAGUUUUAAAGAGACAGUACAGUAUUAUGUUCACUCAAGAUGAGUGUUUCGCGUUCAGUUAAAAUACGAGUACUGUUCUUCCAUCUUCAGUAUCCACGUCAUCAUUGUGCUUUUGCUAAAACGUGAAAGUCAACUUCUCGUUUGCUUGGCAUGUCUUGAAAGAAGUGGGUGCAGCUACAGUUACUUCCUUGUAAUUACGCAACAGCACGACCUUGCAGGUUCUCUCUGCAGAGAACGCCAUGGCGCUAUUCUAGAUUUACCUCACCAGUGAAGGGACAUUGUGAUUUCCUGGACUUGUUGAUGUGAAUUGUUGUUUCCUAGACCGAAAAAUCAGUGUUGAUCAUUAUUCUGAAACAUCUUAAACAUGAUCAGUGUUCACAUAGUUGAAUAUCAUUCAUUAUAAACGUUGUUAAACUUAAAUAAAUUUGUGCUAAAACUACACGGAAAUUAAAACCUUAAUUUAAAACAGUCGUGGUCCAUCCCAAGAACUUUCAGUUUUAUCAUAACAGCUUUAAUAACAGUACUUUAAUAACAACAUUUUCAAGUGUGGGAAGUAACAAAGAAGAAAUACUUAUUCUGCAUGUUAGCUGUCCUUAAGUAAAUUUUUCUAAAAGUAGAUUCCCCAUCCAUGGACAUAAUUGGAGAGCUUUUUUUUUGGGUGUUGUCACCUGCAAGCGUGAGUUGUGGUGAAUGCAUCCUGCCACCACAAGAUUCUGGUAACAAAAAAAUCUCUAAACCCAAAAACGUAUCGUUCUUAUCAAGGGUGUGUGUUGACUGCUUGUAACCACUGUGGCCUUUGCCCUUUUAACACAUAAGUUAAGUGUAAAUAUUUUUUUCUACUACUGUAUUUCCUUCCGGGUGUCCCUUUUUGGGGGCCAAGGGCACCUGCCCCGUAAGGUACAUGUACUUGCUCGUAUAGAGUUGACAGCAAAAAUUGUUUUCAGCUUUUGCACUUGAAAAAAAAUCGUAGGCUCUGAAUCAAUGGACCGCUGUCUUGUGUGUCAUAGUGGUGUGAGAACACAGGUGAUGGGUGAAGCGUGAAGUUUUUUUUCCAUCGUUAAUUUAUCCGCUUGGUCUCAGGACUGUGGUGACGUCAUAGGAAACCUAUCAAUACCUGAACAUU